AUGCAUCACCCAACCCUAAUCUUAGAUCUGCCGACAGAGGUCGUGAUCGGGAUCAUUCGAUCCUGUGGUAGCUUCAAGCAAGCACUAGCACUGAUUUCAACAUGCAAGCAGCUACGUCUUCUCUGGGAGACAUUUUCGACUUCCAUGGUUUCGUAUAUCGGUCGGAAUGCAAUCCCAGCUUUUGACGACGCAUUAAUGGCCGUUCGAGCUACUGAGCAUGCAGCAGUGUAUUAUACUCAUCUGGUUCAUGUAGCAAAGGGCCUUGCUACAAUAUCACCUCCUCCACCUUCUAGGGUGUCAAUAAAUACACUUAUAUCCGGCGGUGCCGCCAAAGCCUCGAUUUACGAGGCAAAGAAAGUCCUUGAACUCAAGCUUUUCGUCGACUAUUCUCUCUAUCUCUCGCAUCAUCCAUCGACAGCUACUCAUCUAGCAUGUCUUACACAGAAGUCUACCUCUAUUCCAUUACCCACAGAAUGCGAACACAGACAGGGAGAGCGAGAGCGAGCGGAUAGAGGCGGACGAUCUGCUGCUUCGACCUCCACAGAGGAUGGUUCACAUGAAAACGACGAAGGUGAUGAAGACCAUGGAUAUACGGAAGAAGAAUGCCAUCUCGAAGCCCUUGUUUACGGCGGGAUGUAUAACUUCUUCACCAUUUCAGCCAUCCUAACCAAUCGGUAUUACGAACCAUUCUUCACUAGGAACCAGAUUGCCACCAGCCUUAGAGAAGGCUAUGAGAUCUUUUGGCCAAGAGAGGUUUCGAAUGACCCAUAUAUCGCCGCCGCGGUUGACUCGGGUGCACCCGGUAUCAUUGAUGAAAACACGGAGAGAUUGAGGGAAUACUACUUACCGAUGAGACAACUAAAGGAUGAAGAGGUAGAAUACUUAAUGCAAUGGGAUGUCUUUAACAAAACCAAAUUCAGAGAAAUGAAACAAGGAGGCCUAGCAGAAGCCUUCGACGAAAUAGCCGACUACUUCUGCGAAAGAGCCAAGAAACGAAUCAAAAACACGCCAAAGAAAAACAUACCCCCAGAAACAGGAACAGGAACCGCAAAGAAAGAAGAGGAAGAAUACCUCUUCGACAUUUCAACGGCUGCAGAAAUUCAACAAAUGAUGAUCCUAAACAACUGCUACGAAGUCUGGAUGCGAAUGCGAGAACGCAUGGACAGUCUAGUCGAACCCGUAAGACUAACCCACGAAAAGCUAUUAUACGCUUUAAACCGCGACGAUAUCUCAUUGACCACCAUCCCCGUCGUGUUUCACGCAAUCUAUGGCGUUGGCGACGCAAUGAUGCCAAGUACGAUCGAAGAUUUCAGAUCUCACUCUUAUGGGCCCGUCCCACCAAACCUUCAAGGGCAUGAUAGUAAUGGACAACCGCUGAAACAUACCGAAGUCUCGGAUGUUAUAUACCAGUUGAUUAGUAAAGUUGGGCAAGAACUUGGGGAUCCGGGACCUGGAGAGGACGGAGGGGAUGCGGUGAGAAGGUACUUUGAGUUUGGGUGGUCGGAAUAUGCGUUUUGGGAGUGGGUUAUGAACAGGAAGUUCGGGAUGAGGGUUAAUUGGAAGUGGGCAUAUGUAGAUAUCAGAUACGAUAAUUUUGUUAGAUAUGGAAAGGCUUUCGGAGGCAUUGAACAGUUUAGGAAGGAAAUUCCUGGAGUGGUUGUUCGUUUGAAUUAG